UGUAUAAGAGAAGCUCAUAAAUUGUUAAAUAGUUUGCCAAAGGCAAAAUAAGAAACGGAAAAGAAAGAGAGAGAGAGAGAAGCAGCAGCUAGCGCACUUUACCACUUUAAUAUAUCUUGCACGCAUCCAAAAUAUACCACACCACAACAAAGGCACAACGAAGAAGAAAGAAGAAGACGAGAGAAGAAGACAUUGAGAGUAAGUCUGCAAUGCUCUUACCCUUUGAAGAGUUUCAAGGGAAGGGGAUUUCUUAUUUCUCUUCUUUCUCUUCUUCUUCCUCCUCCUUCUCCCAACCACCGUCGCCCCUUUUGAGCCGCCGCAAAACUAUAGUUGGAGGAGAGGAAGUCGAAGUUCCCACAGCGGAGCCUAACUCUGUUCUUGACGCCCUGAUUAGCCCUACCUCCUCCUCCACGGUGUCUUCCUCUCACGGCGGUAACAGCGCCGUCGGAGGCGGCGGCGUCGCCACCACCGAUGAGCAUUGCGGACAGGUUGUUUUGGGUGAUUGGGAGCAAGUGCCUCAUGACCAGGAACAGAGCAUUCUCAGACUCAUCAUGGGAGAUUCCACAGAUCCCUCCCUUGAACUCAACAGCAUUCUCCAGACAUCUCCCACCUUUCACGACUCUGAUUACGCAUCACCUGGAUUCGGAGUCGUCGACACCACCGGAUUCGCUUUAGACCACCACUCUGUUCCCGGCCUUCUGAUCAACCAAAGCCAGACUCACUACACACAGAAUCCGGCGGCCAUCUACUACGGGCAUCCACCGGCGAAGCGGCUCAACCCUGGCCCCAUAGGGCUAACGGAGCAGCUGGUCAAGGCAGCAGAGGUGAUAGAGAGCGGCGGCGGCGACACGUGUCUAGCUCAGGGGAUAUUGGCGCGGCUCAAUCAACAGCUCUCUUCCCCAGUCGGGAAGCCAUUGGAAAGAGCAGCUUUCUACUUCAAAGAAGCUCUAAACAAUCUCCUCCACAACGUCUCCCAAACCCUAAACCCUUACUCCCUCAUCUUCAAGAUCGCCGCUUACAAAUCUUUCUCCGAGAUCUCUCCCGUUCUCCAGUUCGCCAACUUCACCUCCAACCAAGCCCUCCUCGAGUCCUUUCAGGGCUUCCAUCGCCUCCACAUCGUCGACUUCGACAUCGGCUACGGUGGCCAAUGGGCCUCCCUCAUGCAGGAGCUCGUUCUCCGCGACAACGCCGCUCCCCUCUCCCUCAAGAUCACCGUUUUCGCUUCUCCGGCGAACCACGACCAGCUCGAACUUGGUUUCACUCAGGACAAUCUCAAGCACUUCGCCUCUGAGAUCAACAUCUCCCUUGACAUCCAAGUUCUCAGCUUAGACCUCCUCGGCUCUAUCUCGUGGCCUAACGAGUCGGAGGAGAAAGAAGCCGUCGCCGUUAAUAUCUCCCCCGCGUCCUUCUCGCAACGACCUUUGGUCCUCCGUUUCGUGAAGCAUCUAUCUCCGACGAUCAUCGUCUGCUCCGACAGAGGAUGCGAAAGGACGGAUCUGCCCUUUCCGCAGCAGCUCGCCCAGUCGCUGCACUCACACGCCGCCCUCCUCGAAUCCCUCGACGCCGUCAACGCCAACCUCGACGCAAUGCAGAAGAUCGAGAGGUUUCUGAUACAGCCGGAGAUAGAGAAGCUGGUGAUGGAUCGUAGCCGUCCGAUAGAAAGGCCGAUGAUGACGUGGCAAGCUAUGUUUUUGCAGAUGGGGUUCUCGCCGGUGACGCACAGUAACUUCACGGAGUCUCAGGCGGAGUGUUUGGUUCAACGGACGCCGGUGAGAGGCUUUCACGUCGAGAAGAAACAUAACUCUCUUCUCCUUUGUUGGCAACGGACAGAACUCGUCGGAGUUUCAACCUGGAGGUGUCGCUCCUCCUGACUCCGCCGCAGAUUCAAUUAUCAAAACAUUUUUAUUUUUAAAUCAUCCAAUUGAUUAUACCUAAUGACAUAUUUUUAGUUUUCCAUUUUAUUUUGGAUCAGUGCGAUGGGUAUUUUUAAUUUAAGAUUCACAAAAAUAUACUACUAUCAUAAAAUUUUGUGAGUUAAUUAGUUGUGUUGAUUAUUUCAACACUUAUAUUAUACUGUACUAACAAAUUCAAUAUCAUUGUGGUGCUUGUUGGUUAGCUA